UCGAUUUCUUGGUGUAUUUUUUUUUGUCUGGAGAGAAGACGAGCGACUAGCGGCGCCAUAUUGAAAGAAGAAAAUUGUUUCAGUAAAACGCCUCAAAACUCAAACUGUGCCGCCAUGUUGUACCUGGAGGAUUACCUCGAGAUGAUCGAGCAGCUUCCCAUGGACCUCCGAGACAGGUUUACGGAAAUGAGAGAGAUGGACCUGCAGGUUCAGAAUGCCACCGAUCAGCUGGAGCAGAAGGUCAUCGAGUUCUUUGUUGACGCCAAGAAGAACAAACCGGAGUGGAGAGAAGAGCAGAUGGAGGUCAUUAAGAAGGUCUGUUCACAACACUAUCAAUGUAUAACAGAGUAAUAACCUCAUUAACUGUUCAUAACACACAACACUAUCAAUGUAUAACAGUAAUAAUCUCAUUAACUGUUCACAACACACAACACUAUCAAUGUAUAACAGAGUAAUAACCUCAUUAAGUGUUCAACACACAUUAUCAAUGUAUAACAGAGUAAUAACCUCAUUAACUGUUCAUAAUACACAACAUUAUCAAUGUAUAACAGAGUAAUAACCUCAUUAACUGUUCAUAAUACACAACACUAUCAAUGUAUAACAGUAAU